AAACCGAUGUAAGAGAGGGGGACGGAGAAAAAUGGCAGGUGCCGGAAAAUGCUUGCUGGUGACUGGACCUCCGGGUGUUGGUAAAACCACUCUAAUAGUGAAAGUCUUUGAAACCCUGAAAUCCUCAAACCCUAACUUAAAGAUUCAGGGUUUCUACACCAGUGAGGUUAGACAAGGAGGUGAGAGAGUUGGGUUCCAGGUGGUCACAUUAGACGGCCGUACCGCUCCGCUCGCCUCAUCCACCAUUUCCAGCCCUGAAUCUCUGAGAUGGCCCACUGUGGGGAAGUACAAAGUAGAUGUUGCGUCGUUUGAGUGCUUGGCAGUUCCUGAAUUGCAGGUAAGAGAAGAUACUGACCUAUUUGUCAUCGAUGAAGUCGGUAAGAUGGAGUUGUUCAGUUCAUCUUUCUUCCCUGCUGUCUUAAGAGUGCUGGAAUCCAAUGUUCCAGUCUUGGCGUCAGUUCCAAUUCCAAAAGUUGGCCGCGAUAUACCCGCAGGCAUGCACUCCUAUUAAACUUCCAUUAGAAAUCGGAGUCCAACUCGAGUUCUCAUUGUGCUUCACCAAGACAAUCGAUCACAGUAAACCUUCUCCUUUGACUCAGUCCCCAGAAAUUAAGGUAUUCAAUGGCUAGUGAUCUUUCAGUUGAAUUGUUAGAGAAAGUUGGAAAGUGCCUUAACUUGACCAACGAUAUUUCUCGAUUCCGUGCUGUUUGUCGGUCAUGGCGGUCCUCUGUUCCUCCCUUUACAAAAAAUAAGCAGCAGCUCCUCUCUCCCAUCAGAGGUCCCAUACAACUCCCCAAGUAUCCUGAUAGUAAUGGGAACUGGCCUAAGAUGUUGAACCUCACCAAGAGGGUGAUCUAUCAUGUGUCCCACAGUUCAAGUACAUGGGUUGUUACUGUCAAACUAAAAGAAUCGGGUGAAAUUGAUCGUACGCUAGAUCCACUCUUUCAAUGCCCAUUCUCGCGUGAGCAGUUCCCUGAGACAUUCCCAGAGGCGUUCAACUUAUUGGAUGAAGAUGUUCUGGUAGUUGAAUUGGCAGAAGCUUAUGGUCUAAGAGACAUUAGUGAGGCUGGUUGUGAUUAUAGAGUGGCUAUGUCCUUCAAUCCUAGUUGUCCUGCACUCAUGGUCGUUGUCAAUGGAGUGUUGUACCACUGUAAUUUAGGUGUUGAUCCCAUUCCAAAGUUAAAACCAGUGGAAGGUCUAGCAGCAUACUCUCGGCUCGAAGAUGUUAUUUAUUAUGAGGAAAAAUUUUAUGCUGUUGCCAGUGAUGCGAUCACAGUAGUGCUGGAUUCGAAUUCUUUGCAGGUGGUGGAUAUACUUGUGAAGACUCGGAUGUUGGGCCGUGAACGCCACAGGAAGUAUUUGGUGGAAUCAGCUGGAGAUGUUUUUUUGGUUAAGAAAGUGCGUCACCUUAACUACAGAGUUUUUAAGUUGAAUGCAAUUGAGAAGUGCUGGGUUGAGAUGGAGGACGAUUGGGAUUGGGAUGGUCGAAUAUUGAUCGUAGAUUCGGAUGAUGGCUGCUUCUUUCCUUCUGCUCAAGAUUUCCCCAGAAUUGGGCAUGGGAACAAUAGUUGCGUUUAUUUCUAUCAUCCCAACUAUACGCGCUGGGCGCAAUCUUGCAUAGUUAGAUGAAUAAAUGGUUUUCAAUUUGUGUGCUCCUGAACGUAAGACUUAAAUUAUCGUUGUUAGGCAUGGUUAAGCAUAUAGAACUGGCAGGCGAUGGAUCGAGUUCUGAUUUCUGAUAGCCAUUUUUAAAUGCUACUGCUGGAUUCUCCCCUGAAGUGGACAGAGACUGUCUCCAAUAAAUGUUUUUGAUACAAUUUCGGAGGACAAGAAGAAUUUGGCCAAAUCAUCCAGGGAGCUGCUUUUACCCAAUUGGAUGGGUUUGCAUCUGUUGCACACAUGCUGAAUGCUGAAGUUAAAUUUAAGGUUUACAUGUUGGAUGAAACUAGGAAGGAAUGAGUUGAGAUGUAUGCUUCAGAUUCAAAUGAUCAAAUUUGUUUGUGGGAAAAAGACUGCUGCUUCUCGGUUUCCACUCGAGACUUCCCUGGAUGUCGUUGUUUUUAUUUUUCUUGUGAGUGUGACAGCAAAUGGUGUCAUAAUAUCUUCAAUCGAAUUGGAGUUUUCAACUUAGAAGACAGAAGGGCAUUGAGGAUAAUAUCUUUCUGGCACCUCCCCAUUGGUGGGAUCAUCAGGAGAACUAGUUGAUAGCGACCAUGACCUUAAAGGUUCUCAAGUUGCUUGUGAAUUGCAACGUUUGAUUUGAUUACCGAGAACACUUUGUUCAUUAUGUUCUGUUGUGAUUAUUUGUGUACUACCGUAUAUAAUCAGACUUGAAUUAUUCGUA